AUGUCGGGUAUGUAUCUCGGGGCCGGGGCGGCUAUGUCUCUCAUGCCGGCUGUAGCGGCGGGGGUGCCGCCCUGGGGCGGGCCGGCAGCGGUGUUUCGGUGGUCUGCUGGGCUGGGGCUGCUGUGGGUGGUGCUGUGGGUGCGGCUGUUUUCAAAGGAUCCGCCUGGGGGAGGGGGAAUGGGAAGAGGGAGCGGUGGUGGUGGUGGUGGUGGUAGCAGUGCUGGUGAUGGCAACCCGCUGUCUCCCCGGUUACCUGGUAGUAAGCAGGAUCUGUUGCAGGAGGAUAAUGAGAAAGCCAGUGCGGUUGGGAGUGGUGGAAGCAGCAGCAGUUCCAGCAGCAGUAAGGGUAUUCCCUGGGGGGCUAUGAUGAGCAGCUGGGCCAUUUGGGCUAUUGUUAUCAAUAACUACACUUUCCAUUACGCACUUUACGUGCUUAUGAACUGGCUUCCUUCCUACUUUGAGCAAGCGCUGCACACGUCGCUUCAAAGCAUCGGCAUCGGCAAAUCCCUCCCAUAUUACAUCAUGAUGAUAUUUUCCAACGUUGGCGGCGUAGCCGCUGAUUUCCUCAUCACAUCGCAAUGCCUGUCGAUCGAAGCUACCCGGAAGGUUCUGAAUACAGUUGGGUUUCUCAUAGGAGCUUUGGCCCUGUGCCUGAUGCCAGUUCUUUCGUCAGUUACGGGAGCUAUAUUGUGCUCAACCAUUACUCUGGGUGCUUGUGCAUUUGCACGAGCGGGAUUUUCAGUGAACCACAUGGAUAUUGCACCGAGAUAUGCGGGACCUGUUAUGGGUAUCUCCAAUACUGCUGGGACAUUGGCGGGUAUUGCGGGGGUGGCAUCAACAGGGUUGAUUCUUCAGGCAUGGGCUUCGGAUAUUGAUUUUGGAUGGUGGCUUGCGUUUGUUACGCCAGCUGGCCUCUGUGUGCUAAGUGCUGCAAUCUUCUGUGCAUUUGCAACAGAAUGGGAGAGCGUGACCACAAGCGAAACCCGCGAUCCACUCGCCACAUCAGACAACUUUCCACACUCUCGUCAUCGCACGGUUGGAUGGAAUCGCGCUGAAAUUGCGGCAGCUGCUGACGGGGGACAACGAGGUUUGUUGGGCGAUGAUGAUUCGGGUCGCGCAAUUGCCAUCUACGAGGUGACUUUUGAGUCGACUCAAAAGUCACCUCGUGAUCGGCAGUAUCCAGCACGGCACGACAUCUUUAUCAAGGUCGGCGCGUACAGACGAAGGACUUGGCUUGCUGGCUGGUGUAUCCGCAUCCACGGUGUGCGUGCGUCUAUCGACGACGGAGAAUCGCCGUCAGCGUCGUCUAUCAACGGCGAGGAUUCGGCUUUGGGCAUCGACGGCGAGAAAGAGCCGAUGGGGAGCGCGAGAGGUUUCGACGUCGUUAAGGGUUACGUGGAUACGGAUUACGGCCAGAUACACUUCCGCAGAUGCGGACAAGGCUUGCCGUCCGUGCUGCUGCUGCAUGCCGCCCCGCAGUCCUCUUCCAUGUUCUCAUCCGCGCUCAAGCGCUUCGCCGCCCGGGGGCUGCACGCCGUGGCCGUCGAUCUGCCCAACUGCGGCGAAUCCAGCCGUUCGUCCGCGGAGCUGACGAUCGCUGACGUGGCAGAGAUCGUGCUGCAGGCCGUUCAAGGGCUGAGAUUCACCCACACCAUCGACCUGAUCGGGCACCAGACGGGGGCCACAGUAGCCUUGCAAAUCGCGUCAGACCUCCCCCAGGUGGUGCGGCGGGUGGUGCUGUGGGGCGUGCCCAUGCUGGGAUUCAUGGAGCGAGGGGACGUGCUGAGGGAAGAACCCCCUGACUACGAUGGUGACUUGGAAGGCACCGUUGCGACCUUUUUGGAGAAGAGAUACCCCUACCCCGUUCCUUGGCAACUCAAGGUGCGCACACUAAUCGACAUGCUGCAAACAUAUGAGCGUCGUCCCUGGUUGACUCGAGCCAUGGCAGUGGUAGACCACGCCGCCCUCCUGGGCGCCCUCCCCAUGCCCGUGCUCUGCCUGGCCGGCGACAGCGAGCCGUUUCAGAAAGCAACAAUGAAGGCCGCCCUGCUGUGCAAGAACGGGCGGUACAUGAACCUCGGCUCGGCCGGCAGCGAUGUGGUAGACGAGAUUCCCGAUGAUUACGUGGCAGAGGUUUUGUCUUUUCUGAUGGAGCCGGACGGCGACGGGGGGGUGGGAGCGGGGGGAGCGGGGGGAGGGUCGGGGAGAGUGGGGGGCGGAGUGGGGAGGGUGGGGGCGCUGGGGGGGGUGGGGCAGGGGGAGAGGGCUAGCUGGUCGAUUCAGAGUGAGGUGGUGGCGCAGGAUGGGGGGAGGAAAAUGUCGGCUGCUGCUGGCGUGGGGGGAGGCGGGGGAGGAGGAGUGGGGGGGAAUCAAGCGGUAAGGCAAGGGUCAUUGCCGAGCAAUCUAGGGGCUGGGAGCGGGGCAGGAGGAGGGGGAGGCGGAGGGGGGGGAGGAGGGGGAGGGGACGGGGGCCAGUCACCCAAAGGGGAGGCGGAUGAGAGGCGGUCGUCGAGUGAGAAGAAGCGAGGGCUGCUGAAAGGGCUGUUCAGAGGGAAGAGCGGGCUGCAGCAGCAGGGGUGA